AUGUAAGAACCUUCUGGAGACGUCAACUUCAGUAACAAUUCCUAUUAUUGAUUCCCGUCAAUGUUAUUAAUUUAGUACAAUAGAGGUCAUGUAUCACCCCCGUCCCUGUGGGUGUAAAGGGCAGAGGACCUGUCUGGUGUGUGAGGAGGAUCAUGAAGCUGUCAACACCUACAACAGUUGGGUUAAUGAGGAACAGAGGGAGUGCUCCUAUGUGUAUUGCCCAAUGUGUGACCUCGCCUGGCCAGGCUGGGAGACGGACAGCUGGAAAGUUCACCCACAUCAUCAGGGAGAACCCAUCAGAUUCCCUGGAACUAAAAUUGUAUUAGACUUCAUAUCUGAGGAAGAAGAAAGGGAACUUCUAACUCACAUUGAUGAAGUUCCGUGGGAUCCUUCUCAGAGUGGUCGACGGAAACAGAAUUAUGGGCCAAAAUGUAAUUUCAAGAAGCGACGUGUGAGGACAGAGACCUUCUCUGGUUAUCCAUCAUUCACCAAAUUUAUCCAAGACCGCUUUAAUAAAGUUAAUGUUCUUAAAGGUUUCCAGACUGUCGAACAAUGUUCUCUUGAUUACUCAUUAGAAAAAGGUGCUUCUAUUGACCCUCAUAUUGAUGACUGUUGGAUAUGGGGUGAAAGAAUUCCUACUUUGAGUUUAUUAAUUGGCUCCACUCUUACAAUGAGGAAAUUUGAGGGACCAAGAACUAAGUAUAAUCUGAUUGAUACAGAAGGUUAUCCUGCUGUUAUGAGAGAGGAUGGUAUUGUCAAGGAAGAAAAAGAAAUUGAAAUGGAAUUCAGAGAAUCUUAUCAAAAAAGAAAUGAAAGUAAGAAACCAAAGGAAAAUCUGCUAAAAGAUAUUGAAGGUGAGAAGAAUGCUACUCCAUCUUAUUCAAGGGAUGGUAAGCCAUAUGUACUGCGAUUACCCAUGCCACAGCGCUCGCUCUUGGUUCUUUAUGGCCCUGCCAGGUAUAACUGGGAGCAUGGAAUAUUACGAGAAGACAUUCCAUCGCGAAGAGUUUGCAUCACUUACCGAGAACUCACCCCAACCUAUCUUGAAUAUGGAUCAAAAGCAGAAGUGGGUGCAGAAAUAUUAAAAGCCAGCAAAAGCUUCUGGGAUCAUAGGCAGCAUUAUGGGUUAGAUAUUUGAUACAAAUCUUUUAAUGCUACAUGUGAUAUUUAAAUUGGUGGUGUUUUCCUGUAAAUAGAAAUUUUGCUUGUUUUUUUAUAUUGAUUAAAUAAUAAUGUUUUUUAUUAUAUAAUAAUGUUUAAAUUGUUUGCUGUUUCCUGAUAUAGAAUUUAUGCCGAUUCUUAUCGACAGGACAUUUAUUUUUCUCUCCCUCAAUUUCAUAAUGCACUUAGUAUCUUCUUUCCUUCAGCUCUUCUAGUAUUCAGUUCAUCUUCCAUUUGUACACAUACCUGUGGGCAUCCGCAGGAUGUCUUCCAAGGGGUGCAAGACAGUAAAACUACAUCUGACAGGUCAGUUUAUUUAAAACAGGUAUACUGUAUACAUAAACAAUAUGAAAGUGAGAUCGUUUUUUUUUAGUUCUGUAUGAUUAGCAAUAUCACUAAUCACUGUCAUCACCAAGUUAUUAAUCAUUAACAAAAAUAAAUAAUUUUAUAUUGAUCCUAAAAGUCUAGGGAUGACCAAUGCUAGCUGUCUGUCGUGAUGAAGACUUGCUCAGAACAUAAGCAGUGUACUUUCAAUGGUUAAAUAAAUACUGCAGGCGGCACUUAGCUCUAAAACGAUCAAUCUCAUCUUCAGUGAAGGCAUUAUUUCUAUCUAACACCUUCUAUUGAUGCAUGCUCUUGCAUGCACAAUCGAGACAAGUGUUCAGUUGACAUUGUCUCAGUGUGCUAAAUGACCGCUCUACUCAACAAGUGGAGGCUGGAAGUGUCAAGAUCAGUAGGGCUUCUCAAAUAUCAGGAAACAUCACACUGCUUCAGAAGAUCUGUCAGUGAUGCACCGGAAUCACAUGCAGUGUUCUUCUGGGAAUGUUGACGCUGUAUUCACAUUUCAAACCAGGACUGCAACUCCUCAGUAAAACAUUGAUGUUGUAGAUUUCAUUUAACUGUAAAUUACUUAAGAACUUGUUAAGGUGGUCCUUAUUAUCCGUGGUUAAUUGAGACCGGAAAAACGCCUCUGAUAACGAAUCACUUUUAAGCGGAUAAUUAAUCCUGUAAGAAAUAAUGGAAAUGGAUCAAAUUAGGACCACAACUUAGUACACAACCCUCAACAAAAUUUAUAUGAUAUCUUUUAACAAUUAUUUACCUUAGAAAUAUUUGUUAAACAUUUGAUAGCACUAUUUUAAGAAAUUAUUUAACUUUAUAACUUAUCUAACGUCCUUAAAGUUCAUUGGCAUUGGUGUGUUAAGACAACGUAGGUGGUGUCAGCGACUCGGUGGUGCACACUUACUUCAGUGGUUCAUUGAGACAAAAUACUUAUUGUAAUGUUCUAAAAAUAAAUGAUUUUAACAUAAAAAA